AUGAGUUCCAUCAAUAGAGGAAAAUUGUAUAAAGACUUAUUUUGUGCUUAUUCAAAAGCAUAUUCCGAAACAAAAUCGAAACAAUCGAUUCAGGACAAUGUGAACAACAUUUGGUCAAACAUCAAAAACGAUUCAAAUGUUGCUAGUCUAAUUGAGGCUAGAAUUUCUGAACUAAAUAAAAUUAAGGCAAGAAAGCAGGUUAGUCUUCAUACACUUUGGCUUCGUGCCAGUGAAAAAGGAAAUGGUUUUAGUGUUAAAGCACCUGAAGAAUCGACAAAUCGAUCAAGUCCCGUUGUCGAAAAUGAAGAAAUAGUACAUCCAACGACUUCUCAAAAAACAGCCGCCUCGAAUGUUAUUGAAGAAGAAGGUGCACCAUCAAACAAAGAAACACAAAUCGAUGUAACCGACCAGGUACAGAGCGUUAAAGCCAACCCAACUCCAGCUCAAUGCAGCAUAAAAAGUGAGAUUGUGGUGUUACUAUCAGAUGUUAAAGCAUUGAAAAUGCGUCGAGAUUGUGGACUGUUGACCGAAAAUAUGGAAAGUGAACUGAAAUUAAAGACAAAGAAUUUAGAAGCAUUAAGGAAACGACUAAAAAAGAAAGAGCGUGAUAUGAUUCGACACCGGAAACGACGCCUUAGAAAAAAGGCUUCGCUUGAAAAUGCAUGCGAAAAUAAUCCAGAUCUAAAGAAGAAAUUGAGCAUUCGAGGCAAAGUGGGCCAUGACUUGGCCAUGCAUGGGUCUGCAGCGCACGAGAGGCGUCGAGACGAUUCCAUAAGAACAGUAAAAACCCUUGAUGAUCUAGUAACAAAACUGCGCGAAGAUUAUGGUUAUAAUUUGUCACGGAGUGCAACGUAUUUGAGACUAUUGCCUAAGAGAGCUAAUUCAACCGAAGGAAAGCGUCAUGUCAACUCUGUUCCAGUGAAGCUAAUCCGACCUGAUAACGACUUGCAUAAAGAUCAUAUGGACGGAAGGUUUGCCAAAACAACAAUCAGUCAUAUUGACAGUAUGGCUUCGUUAUUAGGGCCGAAUGAAGUGACAUACAUUAGCCAGGAUGACAAAGCUAAGGUUGCAAUAGGCCUACCAGCGGCAUCCAAACAAGCGCCAUUGCUAAUGCACAUGGAGUACAGAGUCAAGCUUCCCGAUCACGACUUUGUGAUAGCGAAAGGACACAAACUGACUCCAUCGGUUUAUGGAUUUUGUCAAAUUAAGGCAAACGGUUGUGGCGAUGCGUCAGCGAUAAGCUAUUCAGGUCCAACGUUUGUGGCUAUAAGGUCAUCCAAGCACUCUUCGUCUACAGCUUUUUCGCACGCACGGGAUUUGGAACAGAUCUACGAAAAGUCUGAAUUCAGCGAAUUUACACAUACGACGAUCGGUGGAAAACUGAAACCAAAACCGGUUCUUGUUUGUAUUGUGGAUGGUAAAUAUUGA